GUUCCAAGAUCCCGAUGGAACCAACACACACGCAUCCGUCACCUUCGACAUUUUGUGCCCACAUGAAACGGUCUCUUUCCAUUUCCGCCAUCAUCGCUUCUUAAAAUCUCCUAAACACCUUCAAAUCUGUGUGGGUUUUCUCGUUUCUCCAUCUAAUCGAAUCGAAUCCGAUGAAGAUUUCUCCCUCAAUUUCUGUUCGCCAUUGAAUCCGGCCACCACACACACAAGAAAAUGAGCACCGAAAAGUUGGAAAGCGAUGUAACAAGUCUCGGCGGCAGCAGCACGUCGUCAUCAACGUCGCCGAAACGAGAUCGAUCUCCGACGACGUCGUAUAAUUACUACGUUCAAAGUCCAUCUCGCGAUUCGCAUGAUGAUGUUGAUAACAAAUCCUCAACCAACAGUCAAACAACUCCGACUCACAGCUCUCCGAAUGACUCGCCGUCGCAUCCUUCACACUCACGACCGUCUUCCUCCAGCGCCAGUAGAGUUUCCGGCCCCUAUCGAGCUUUUGCGGUGACCGGAAAACACCGCGUCCAUUCGUCUUUUAGGAAGAGGAAAGGGUGGCCGCCGUUGUUCAGUGUGAUUGACGAGGAAAAUGAAGAUUAUGAGGACGAUGAUUACUUCCGAGAUAAAGAAUUCAUGCGACAAUGUCGGAUUAUGAUGGUAUUGAUGGGAUUGGUGAUGAGUUUUACGGCGAUCUGUUUCAUCACAUGGGGUGCGAGUAGGCCUUACAAACUUCAAGUUCAUAUGAAGAGUUGGAAGGUGAACAAUUUCUAUUAUGGAGAAGGAACGGAUUACACCGGAGUUCCAACCAAGUUCUUGACUGUAAAUUGCACGGUGAAGAUGAACAUAGAAAACCCUGCCACCUUUUUUGGCAUCCAUGUCUCUUCAAGUUCUUUAAAUCUCUUCUAUUCACAAAUCGUGGUAGGAAGUGGUCAGUUUGUGAACUAUUAUCAACCGAAGAAAAGCCAAAGGACAAUGUCAGUGAAUGUUGAAGGUCGUAAGGUUCCUCUCUAUGGAGCUGGUAUACGUUUAGCUACGUCAAACAACAACAAUAGUGUCCCAUUGAAGUUAGAGUUUGAGAUUCGGUCUCAUGCCAACUUGGUGGGGUGGUUGGUAAAGACAAAACAUCGGCGUCAAGUCUUUUGCAUCAUGGAAAUUGACUCUGAGAACAAUAAAGUUAUAGACUUUAAGAGGGAAUCAUGUUCGUAUACGUGAAAUGAAAAUCAAGAUCAAAAGUUGCUUUCAUGUUUUUUCUUAUUUUAUAGACAUCACUAGCAAAUGAGUAAUUCUAGUUACAUUUGUUUCCUAUUUGGUAGAUUUUGGGUGUGAUAAACCACAAUCGUUUCUCUUGGAUCUUGC